AUGGCUCCUCGCGCUGCCAACGUUUCUGGUUCUGCGGAGCCAUGCAGUGACUGCCUACAGCUCUGGCCCCGAAAGGCAAACCUCACCCUCGCACCCAAGGCUACCUAUCUCUUUCACCAUUCCGAAUGGGACCGGUACUCCAAAGAUAUCACCAUCGACCCAGGGCAGCCCCCGGGCAGCAAAAGCCUGUUCAACCACCGGUUCAGCACAACAAAUCUCAACGUUCCUACCCCUCUCGUCAUCGUCCUCUUCCUCUCCUUCUUCGCAACCUUCUUCGGCCUGACCUUGUUGGCCACGAGCAGGCACAUGCACCACGCUUACAAGCUGGGCGUCCUAUACGUCGUAGAUUCCGUAAUCCGCAAAUUGUUGGAUCAGGCAAAGGCCCUUGGACAACCCGUCACCCUCGGUGCCCAGGAUUCACCUGCGGCGCCCCAUUUCCUACCUGGUGUUUCUACCCAAACCGACGCACACGAAGACAGCGAAGUUGAGGGGGCCCAACAGCGACUGGCGAGCUACAUGAAGCGCUUGGAGGAAGAACAAAAGAAGAUCAACGACAUGAUGCUCGAGAUGAAUCCGAACAUGGCGGACGUUAAGAUUGCUCAGUCUGUCGUGGCCAUGCUUCAAAAGCAGAUCAUCACAAGCGCCUUUUGCUUCUUCGUUUCCAACCGCUGA